GGGUGACGUCAUCACGCUUCUCUGGGCGACGGUUCGGCUGCCGAGGAGCUGCUUAGCAGGGCAUUAUUCAUCCGGGUUAAUGUGGAGCAUUUCCCCGCCCGCUUCUUCGGGGUCGUGUUCCCGUCUGUAAGCGAGCUGCCUCUCGGUGUUCAGGGACCGCGGUGCACAGCCUCUCUAGUGCGGGGAACGCGGUGCAGAGCCCCGGGCCUGCGGGAGGAAUAGGCCAUUGGAGCUGGAGACCAUGGAGUCGGAGACCAUGGAACCGGAGGACGGAGCGGUGUACCAGGACGACCCGGGGAACUCGGCCGUGAUGUCGGAGCGGGUCUCCGGCCUGGCCACCUCCAUCUACCGCGAGCUGGAGAGGCUGAUCGGGCGGUAUGACCGGGACGUGGUGAAGGAGCUGAUGCCGCUGGUCGUGGCCGUCCUGGAGAACCUGGACUCGGUGUUCGCCGAGAACCAGGAGCAGGAGGUGGAGCUGGAGCUGCUGAAGGAGGACAACGAGCAGCUGGUGACCCAGUACGAGAGGGAGAAGGGGAGGAGGAGAGCGGCCGAGGAGCGGUUCAUAGAGUUCGAGGACUCCCAGGAGCAGGAGAAGAAGGAGCUCCAGCUCCAGGUCGGCCGCAUGGAGUCUGCCUCCCGCCAGCUGGAGCUCAAGAUCAAGAACUACGCAGAGCAGAUUGGCAGGUUGGAGGAACGGGAGUCAGAGCUGAAGAAGGAAUUCAGCGCCCUGCACCAGAGACACACGGAGAUGAUCCAUAACUACAUGGAGCACGUGGAGAGGAUCAAGAUUCAGCAGAUGAGUGACAGCACCGAGUUGGGACCGCUGGGCCGAGUCAGGAAGGAGCGGCCCAUGUCUCUCUGCAUCUUCCCCUCGGCGGGGGGGGCCUCGGGGCCCCCGACCGACCCUCCAGCUCUGGCAGAGACCCCCAGCACCGCGGGCUGGCCUCUCAAGGACCCUGCGCAGCCCCGCUCCAACACCAGCCUCAAGCCCUGUGAUUUGGACGAGCCCUCAAAGUCCAGGCAGCUUGAGGGUUCGCAGGACGCUGCUUGGGGAAACUCAUUGGCAGACGACUGCAAGGAGGAGCUGUCCAACCUCAGCGGCUUCAAGCCAGCAGCCCCGAGGACCCCAGCGGCCCCAGGCCCCGAGGGGGAGGAGCCGGGGGGCAGGAGGGCCGAGGGGGCAGGGGCCAUACCUGAGGGGGAGAAAGAAGAGACGUCGGACAUGCAGGACCUCAUUGAGUCGACCCCCGAGCUGGACAUGGACCUCAGCGGCUACAAAGCCUCCAGCACCCCGACCAAAGGGAUUGAGAACAUUGCUUUUGACCGCAACACAGAGUCACUGUUUGAGGAGCUGUCCUCCGCAGGCACCGGCAUCAUCGGAGACGUGGACGAAGGAGCAGACCUCCUGGUGGAGUAUUCCGGUAUGGGCCGCGAGGUGGAGAACCUCAUCCUGGAGAACAAACAGCUUCUGGAAACCAAGAACGCGCUGAACGUGGUGAAGAACGACCUGAUAGCGCGGGUAGACGAGCUUGGCUGCGAGCGCGAGGUCCUGCAGGGGGAGCUAGAGGCCGUGCUGACGGCCCGCAGCCGCCUGGAGGACCGCAACCGGGAGCUGGAGGACGAGCUGAAGAAAGUGCGCCUGGAGACGGAGGAGAUCAGGCAGAAGUCUAAGGAUGGAGAGGAAGACAGCGAUGUUCCCACGGCCCAGAGGAAGCGCUUCACGCGGGUGGAGAUGGCCCGCGUGCUUAUGGAGAGGAACCAGUACAAGGAGAGACUGAUGGAGCUGCAGGAGGCCGUCAGGUGGACCGAGAUGAUCAGGGCCUCUAGGGAAAACCCAGCGCUGUCGGAGAAGAAGAAAUCCAGCAUCUGGCAGUUCUUCAGCAGGCUCUUCAGCUCCGCCCCCGCCCCCGCCCCCGCCAGUGGCUCCGCCCUGAAGAAGGCGGAGCCUCAGCCCAACAUGAAGUACAAUGCCCCCGGUGGACUGGUGAAGAGGAGCAGCACCUUCUCCCAGUUCCCCACCGAGAAGUCUAAGACGCUGGACUUCCUGAACGAAGAGAUUGACCCGUGCAGCUCCCCGUCCCGUAAAGAGCAGAAGAGGGCCCAGUACCGGCAGGUCAAGGCCCACAUGCAGCGGGAGGAGAGAAGGGGGGAGGACGGCCGCGUCACCGCCCACGGCUGGAGCCUCCCGGGCAAGGCCAAGGUGUCUGAUGGGGGUCAGACGGAGAACAAGAUGAAUCUCCCAGUGCCCGUCUACCUGAGGCCUCUGGAUCAGAAGGAUGCUUCUAUGAAGCUGUGGUGCGCCGCGGGGGUCAACCUGUCGGGGGGCCCGACCCCCCCCCUGGUGGAGGGGCCGACCGGCUCCCAGAGCAGCCUGGACCAGCUGGAGCACGACAAGGAGCAGGAGGGGGGGGAGCCCCAGGAGGAGGUGGGGGUAAGGAGCAGCAGGGUGUGGUUGUGUAUCAGCACCCACUCCUCCACCAAGGUGCUGGUGCUGGACGCCUCGCUGCCCUCGGAGCAGCUGGACAGCUUCUACGCCUGCAAUACCCACGUGCUCUGCAUCGCCAGCGUGCCCGGCGUUCUGGAGACGGACUUCUCUGCGGGCCAGGAGCCCUCCCUGGACCCCGAGGGGGGGGGGGACCAGGCCUCUCUGGCGGGCAGCGUGGGCUCAGCGGGCAGCGACGGGCCCCCGGCCCCCGAGGGCACCACCGCCGUGCCCCAGACUGCCAGCGCCCGCGUCUCCACUGGGGAGCGCCCCCCAGGGCACCCCGGGGCCCUUGGGCCCCCAGACACAGUGCCGCUGUCCAGGGAGGGCAGCCCCCUGGAGGAGGGGCCCCCCGCGGAGGACGAAGCCCCCCAGGAGGACGGGGGGGUCCCCACGGCGGAGGAGGCCACCGAGGCCACCGAGGCCAACGCGGGCGAGGAAGAGGGCCAGGAGGAGGGGGCCCCAGGGCCCGCCCAGAGCCAGACCUACACCGAGCACGUGUUCACCGACCCGCUGGGCGUGGGGCCCGCAGAGGGCCCCAGGGCCCGCACUGAGAGGGAGCCGGACGGAGCCACGCCCCAGUCUGAAGACCAAUCAGAGGGAGAGGUGCUGCGAAUGAGCAGUUCCCUGCCCACCAUGUGGCUGGGGGCCCAGAACGGAUGCCUCUACGUCCACUCGGCAGUGGCUCGCUGGAGGAAGUGUCUCCACGCCAUCAAGCUGAAGGACUCCAUCCUCAACAUCGUCCAUGUGAGAGGCAGGGUGCUGGUGGCGCUGGCUGAUGGGACGCUGGCCAUCUUCCACAGGGGGACUGACGGGCAGUGGGACCUGACCAACUACCACCUGCUGGACCUGGGCCGGCCGCACCACUCCAUCCGCUGCAUGGCCGUGGUGCAGGACAAGGUGUGGUGCGGCUACCGCAACAAGAUCUACGUCAUCCAGCCCAACGCCAUGAAGAUAGAGAAGGUUCUGGACGCCCACCCCCGUAAGGAGAGCCAGGUGCGGCAGCUGGCCUGGCUGGGCGACGGGGUCUGGGUCUCCAUCCGCCUGGACUCCACCCUGCGGCUCUUCCACGCCCUGACCCACCAGCACCUCCAGGACGUGGACAUAGAGCCCUACGUCAGCAAGAUGCUGGGGACCGGUAAGCUGGGCUUCUCCUUCGUGAGGAUCACGGCCCUCAUGGUCUCCUGCGGCCGGCUGUGGGUCGGCACUGGGAACGGGGUCAUCGUCUCCAUCCCCCUGUCGGAGGCCGGUCAGACAGCGGGCCUGGGGGCCCAGCGGCCUGGGGGGGCCCAGCGGCCCGGGGGGGCGGUGCGCAUGCUGGGGGAUGAGGGGGGGGAGGGCGGGCCGGCCGUCCCGUACUGCUCCAUGGCCCACGCCCAGCUCUGUUUCCACGGACACCGCGACGCCGUCAAGUUCUUCGUCUCCGUGCCCGGCCAGGCCGUGCCCCCUCAGGGCGGGGCCGACUCGGGCUCUGACGACCCCCCCUCCGAGUCGUCAGAUGCCCCUGAGCCGCGAAGCUUCCUGGUGAUGAGCGGGGGGGAGGGCUACAUCGACUUCAGGAUGGGGGACGAGGGCAGCGAGCUGGACGGCCUGCUUGAACCAGCGGACGGACAGACGGCCAGCGCCCCCAAGACAGAGCGGAGCCACCUCAUCGUGUGGCAGGUCGCGGCCGGCCGGGACUGAGGGUCCGGGACUGAGGGUCCGGGACUGAGGGUCCGGGACUGAGAAUCCGGGACUGAGGGUCCGGGACUGAGGGUCGUCACUGCGUCAGACCCUCCUCAUCUGCUCAUUCUGUUCCAUGGUUAUCCCAGAGUAGACCAGUACUUUUAUACAAACGUGCUUUCUACGGGUGGUGUUGUGUCAGGACCCCAGUCUGACGUCGGGGGGGAUCCGUCCAGGGGAUCCGUCAAGGGGGAUCAUGUUUUAAGCUUCUUGUUUACUGUCGUAUGCUACAGCAGCCAGUCGUCUGACAAAGAGAUCAAAUGAAGAUUCAGGUUUUCUCUUUCUUCUGAAAUGUUUCCUCAUCAUGGAUUAUUUUUAUGCAUUAGGGAAGUGUGUGUGUCCUACAGUUUGUGUUUGUAUGUCUUUUUAAAGGUGUCUAUGUGUGCAUGAACGAGCUACCUUCUUUUUUUUAUGUUGCCAUGAAACUAAUCUAAAUCCUGGGGUUGAGGAUCGGGUUGCUCCAGAAUGAUCUGGCAUGAUCCAAAAAAGGAAGCGGAUUAAAGGAACCGUUUGUCGAACCGCUGGAAUGCAUGAGGAACCUUCUGAAACCCAUCUCCGUCCAACCCCCCUGCUCGUUCUGACACUCACUCCCCUCACUCCCACCCCUCCCUCCCUCUCCUCUCCUCCCCUCCCUCCUCCUCUCCCCUCCUCUCCUCCUCCCUCCCCCCUAGUCAGUCUUCCGUUCUGCUCGCCGUCUGCACUUUAACUGUAGCUGUAGUGGCCUGAGGCUCAGAGUCCUGUGCUAUUAGAAACCUGUACUAACGAGUGAUACUGAGGAAUACUGUGUGAGGAAACAGACCUCAGAUUUGUUUAAGAGUCAACCGCCCACUGGCGACAGGACAAAAGGAGAAGGAGGAAUUGUCAGUAGAAGAUCCUUUUGGCUUUACAUUUUCUAAAUCUUGUUUAUGACGAUUUGAAGGAUGCUUAUUUUUGUCGUCAACAUGGAAGAUUAGCAGGGAACUUUAUUUCCAUUUUUUGUGUCUGGCACUUUUAAAUAGUUUCAAUGUUAAUGUUGGAGAAAGAGUCUCUCCUUUUACUGAAUCCUGCUUCUAUUCUUUGAUUGCCUUUUUCUCCCGUUUGCCAUUUAAUGCGUCUGUCCUGUCUGGGGGGCUUUAAUGUCCUCAGUAUUUCAACAGUGUCUGUAGUUACUUUAGCAGGACCACCUACUUUGAGUUCGCCGUUUUGUUUGCCAUUUCAUUCCAAUUUUUAAUUACACAAAUAUCAUGUUGCCAUUCCAGUAUUUAUUUUUGGUAUUUUUGGUUUGUUUAUUGAGCCUAUUGCUGGUUCAGAAUGUAACUUUCUACAUUAAGACUCUAAAAGUUGGUUAUGGUUUGUUCCAAAAAGGUUUACAUGAUUGUAAAUAAUGGUUAAAAAUGAAUUUUAAGCAAACCAUAAAUUCAUACGAAACGUUUAUUUGGACGAUUUCUUUUUCUAACGAAACAUUCAUUGUAUAAAGCUAUGCAUGUUUUUUAAGAGACCAUCGCUUACUCUCACCUGCACUUACCUCCGCUCUCCUGGGGGGCGCUGCGGAGUGCCGCAAUACCGCCCUUCUCCUGGGGGGCGCUGUGGAGCAGUACCACUGCUCUCCCGGAGGGCGACGCAGAGUGGUGCAGUACCGCCGCUCUCCUGGGGGGGCGCUGCGGCGCGGUUUGUGUAGGUGGGAGCUGACACACUCGCCCUGUAGUGCAUCAGACGUGCGGUAUGUGCGUCGUGUGCUUGAUGUGUGUUUCUGUACAGCACAAAGAACACGUUUUGUGUAGGGACUCCAUUUCAACACGAGUGUGGUGUUAAAGGGUUAAACAGCGUCAUAGUCUUAUUUUUAACAAUGCAUUAAAACUCUUAUCUCAUGGAAACGGAGUCACGACUCGUGUUUACUGGAGAGAAUCCCUUAUUAUUUUAUCUGUUGGUGCACCAAUGUGAACAUUGUAAUGUAAAUAUAUGACAUUAACCCACCAGCUGGUAUGGAAGAAAAUAACCCUACAUUUUAUGGUAAACUAUGAUUAAUAUUAGGCCAAUAAAACAUAUAGAAACUUUAGUGGUGGAAGGUAGCUGAUCACCUCUCCCCUAUAAGUUAGGUUUGACAUGGCGCCAGGGAGCAAGUUCACUCUGUUCCUAUCUUGUGUGUUUUCUCAAGGGUAAAGCUCACAUGCAUACCAUCGUUCCUUAUGCAUAAUGGUUGAUGUAUGUUCGAGGGUAAAGCUGUGACCUGGAAAAAUAGGCUAUGUAGAUCAACAUUUGUGGUUAAUGAGUGGUCAAGGGCAAAGCUGUGAGAUGGAAAAUGUGCUAUGCAAAUCAGCAUUUUAUGCAAGUCUGACCUCAUAAUAUGUAAGGAUUGGGUAUAUAAGGAGCAGGACGAGAAUCAUUAGGGGUCCAAGCCAACAGGUUGGAUCCCUAUUGUUUUUGUAAGGAUUCUUAUUAGGGGUCCAAGCCAACAGGUUGGAUCCCUAUUGUUUUUGUAAGGAUUUUUCUUUUUAGGGGUCCAAGCCAACAGGUUGGAUCCCUAUUGUUUUUGUAAGGAUUUUUAUUAGGGGUCCAAGCCAACAG